AUGGCGCCGCCUACCGGACCAUCUCCAGAUGAAUGGGAGGCUGUCAAAACGAAGAUCUAUCAGCUCUAUUUUGACUCGACGCUCAAGAAUGUGAUGGAGAAGAUGAAAACUGAUUAUGGUUUUGUUGCCUCGUAAGUUGAUGAUUCGCUACUAGCUAUCUUACUCUUGCGUUGUCGUUAUUCUAACUUUCUGUAUCAAUUUAGGUUGUCAAGGCGAAUCUUUUGGGUUGAUGGCUUUGACUGUCCUAAAAUUUCGGGAUACUUGUUUUGAUUGCUGCCGUUUUAUAGAUUGAUCUGGGUUAUUAACCCAAUUCUGUUGGGUUAAGGGCUUUCGUUAUAUCUGAUUAUGGCUUAAUUGUUUCUCAGAAGUUGGAAAAAAUGCCGAUUAUUAGAGGAACUCCAAAAGAUAAUAGGAAGAUGGCAAUCUACAAGGCUAACUGUUUUGUAGGAAGAACCAGUACGAAAGGAAACUGAAAGAAUGGGGGUUCCGAAAGAACCUGUCCUUGGAGGAAAGAUUCUACGCUAUUCGUACCGUUCGGAAACGCAAAGCAGAAGAUAAGGCUAGCCAGGUCAAGUGGCAAGGACUUGUGCUCUCGGAAAAAAAACUCAAGAAGCUUGAUAGACGAGUACCAUUGAUCUGA